UCGAAAGAUGUGUGGCGUAGAUGAAAAUGCAACUUCCUGUUAAGAAAAGGCCUUAACGCAAAGCUGAAGGAGAGAGUGUCUCUGACACUAGACUCUGUCUGCGGACCCAAAAAGCAAGCUUGAGGAGUUUUAGACGUGCAUUGGCAUAUAGACCAAUUGAUUAGACAAAUAACAACACGACAUAUGGUGUCUUAGAAGAGGUGCUUGAACUCUUGGAUAUGGCGAGAUUUUUUGGACUAUGGUCCUUGCUUUUCUUCCUAUGUUUGGCUCCAUGGGGACAUUCUGAAGACACCACCCAACCCACUCCUGAUCCAGGUGCACCGAAAGAAGGCAAUUCUUCCACUUCUAACACUCCAACAAAUAUCCCUGCAGUUAGUGAAAAAGGUGUACCGAAAGAAGGCAAUUCUUCCACUUCUAACACUCCAACAAAUAUCCCUGCAGUUAGCGAAAAAGGAACAGAAGAACACACAACCACCUUACUUGCAAGCACCCAACCACAACAACACAACAUAACAACAGAGAUUGCAUCUGCAGGAACAGAAGAACACACAACCACCUUACUUGCAAGCACCCAACCACAACAACACAACAUAACAACAGAGAUUACAUCUGCAGGAACAGAAGAACACACAACCACCUUACUUGCAAGCACCCAACCACAACAACACAACAUAACAACAGAGAUUGCAUCUGCAGGAACAGAAGAACACACAACCACCUUACUUGCAAGCACCCAACCACAACAACACAACAUAACAACAGAGAUUACAUCUGCAGGAACAGAAGAACACACAACCACCUUACUUGCAAGCACCCAACCACAACAACACAACAUAACAACAGAGAUUACAUCUGCAGAAGAACACACAACCACCUUACUUGCAAGCACCCAACCACAACAACACAACAUAACAACAGAGAUUACAUCUGCAGAAGAACACACAACCACCUUACUUGCAAGCACCCAACCACAACAACACAACAUAACAACAGAGAUUACAUCUGCAGGAACAGAAGAACACACAACCACCUUACUUGCAAGCACCCAACCACAACAACACAACAUAACAACAGAGAUUACAUCUGCAGGUGUGAGUAACCUCACCUCACCUGCAAACACCAUCGCACCUCUCACCUCCACCCAAUCCAGCUCAACCUCACCUGCAAACACCACCGCACCUCUCACCUCCACCCAAUCCAGCUCAACCUCACCUGCAAACACCACCGCACCUCUCACCUCCACCCAAUCCAGCUCAACCUCACCUCCACUCACCACAGACAACUCAACAAGCCAAGUGACGUGCCAAUACAACCUUACGAAUGGUGAAAAUGACCCAGUGGUGAAGAUCACUGGUUCCGCUAACAGAACGUACACAGUCAUGCUAGUGGGUGAUCAGAGAGAGACUUUGCUUGACACAUAUGUAUCUUCCUCCUUCACAAUACCAUUUAAAAUGUUGAAGCCAUGCACUAAUUACACCAUCAGAGUAGACGGCUGCAUUUCCUCUGGAGACACCACAAUUUUUUACAAUGUCAGUGAAAGUAAAAAACAUUCUGUCAGUGUGACAUCUGCUGGAGAUGAAAUAUGUGUUACGGAUGAGAAAUGGAAUCUGUCGAAGUGUGAGAUUGUAACACCUGAAAACUCUUGCAAAUGGAAAGCAGUUGACUUUGUACUUGAAAAAUGCACCUACACAAUAAAUGUCACCAUGCCCCCUGUCAAGCCUGACAUAACAUUUACUGAAGACAUCCCCUCUCGUUUUAACUGGACUAAUAAACUGGAAGAAUGUGAUAACGGACUUAAAGUCAAGUGCACCAACAACAGUGACACCAAUAUUUACAGUAUAAAUGAAUCAGUGUCGUUAUUGCCUUUAAUGAAAUAUGACUGCGCCGGAGAAUUCUCUUACCAGAAUGAAAUCAUCAAAAGUAAAAAUAUCCCAAUUUAUAUUGACUGCGAGUGGGGGAAAAACACAGUGAUGAUAAAUUCCACAAACACCUCAAUUUCGAUGUCAUGGAAACAAAAUGACAAAUGCCGAGAGUUUAAAUUGCACGAUUUUAAAGCCCAAUGCCUUGGAAAGAAUUCACCUGAAGAAGUAAAGUGUACCACAUACAACACCACAUAUGGUGUAGAAUGUACUAUUAACAAAUUACAUCCAUAUACCGAUUAUAACUGUGAAAUGAAAGCCACGUCCGACAAGACAUACAACAUUUCCAACUUCAAUCAGAAAACAAAAGCUUCUAACCCUGACUUCAAAGAAAUUAAAGUAACUUACCAUCACAAUAAAAAUUAUUUUACCGCAACAUGCAAUGAGAGUGGGGAUUGGAAUGGGAAAGAGGGAACAUUCCAAGCUGAACUCAUAAACAACAAAAAAAUUGAAAUUUCCACCAAAUAUCAGAAGAAGUGUCAUUUUACUUUUUCAGAUCUUUACUAUCUUACCACAUAUAAGAUAAAGAUUACAGCCACGAAUGGAAAUGGUUUAGAGCAACAUAUUGAGACUGAAGCUACUACAGACUACAAUGAUAAGGCCGUCAUUGGAUUCCUGGUUUUCCUAAUUAUUGUGACGUCCAUUGCACUCCUGUUUGUCCUGUUCAAAAUUGUCCUGCUCAAACGAAAACGGCGCGAAGAAGAGGAAAAUAUUCCUCUGACGCAACCCCUACUCAGUGUUGAGCCCAUCGGUGCAGACAGUUUAGUGGACACUUACAAGAAGAAGAUUGCUGAUGAAGGACGUCUGUUUCUGGCUGAAUUUCAGAGCAUCCCCCGAAUUUUCAACAAUUACACCAUCAAAGAGGCUAAGAAAACGGAAAACCAGUACAAGAACCGCUACGUUGACAUUCUGCCUUAUGACUAUAAUCGCGUUACACUCUCAACUGGAGGCGAAGGUGACUACAUAAAUGCCAGCUUUAUUGAGGGAUACAAAGAGCCAAAGAAAUACAUUGCAGCCCAAGGACCCAAGGAUGAGACCAUUGAUGAUUUCUGGAGAAUGAUCUGGGAGCAAAAGUCCUCCAUUAUCGUCAUGGUUACCCGUUGUGAGGAAGGAAAUAAGAGCAAGUGUGCUCAGUAUUGGCCGUCUUUGGACAGAGAGACUGAGAUUUUUGAAGAUUUUGUGGUGAAAAUCAGAUCCGAGGACCACUGCCCCGAUUACAUCAUUCGCCAUCUGGUCGUAACCAAUAAGAGAGAGAAAGCUACAGAUAGAGAAGUCACCCACAUUCAGUUCAUCAGUUGGCCUGACCACGGAGUACCUGGAGAACCCAGCCUGCUUCUGAAGCUUAGGAGAAGAGUAAACUCCUUCAAGAACUUCUUCAGUGGCCCAAUCGUGAUUCACUGCAGUGCAGGAGUUGGACGUACAGGAACGUAUAUUGGCAUUGAUGCCAUGAUUGAAAGUCUGGAGGCGGAGGGAAAAGUGGACAUCUAUGGAUAUGUCGCAAAACUACGUCGCCAGCGUUGCCUCAUGGUUCAAGUGGAGGCCCAGUACAUACUGAUCCACACCGCACUGAUAGAGCACAACCAGUUUGGAGAGACAGAGAUGUCUCUAUCUGAGUUCCAUUCAGAACUCAACACCUUCAGACACAAAGAUGGAAAUGACCUCAGCUUGCUUGAAAUGGAGUUCCAGAAACUCCCCAAGUUUAAAAACUGGAGAACAUUUAACACAGCAAUUAGCGAGGAAAACAAGACGAAAAACCGCUGCUUAUCUGUUGUCCCAUAUGACUUCAACCGAGUCUUAUUCAGACUGGACAUGGAGUGCAACCAGACGAGCGAUCCUGAGGAUGAGGAGGAAUAUUCGUCAGAUGAGGAAGAAGAAGAAUCCAAUGAAUACAUCAACGCCUCAUUCCUUGAUGGUUACUGGUGUAAUAAGAGUCUCAUUGCAGCACAGGGUCCUCUACCAAACACAACGGCAGAGUUCCUGCUUAUGCUUUAUCAACAACAAACUAAAACAUUAGUCAUGCUCACAGAUUGCAAAGAGGAUGACAAGGAUUAUUGCUCUCAGUAUUGGGGAGAUGAAAAGAAAGUGUUUGGGGAGAUGGAAAUCGAGGUUAAAAGGACAGAGAGUUUCCCAACUUAUGUCAGACGGUGCUUGGAAAUACAAUCCACAAAGAAGAAUGAAAUCCUUAAGCUCGAUCAGUAUCAGUUCUUGAAGUGGAGAAACAGUGAACUUCCAGAGAACCCUCAGGAGUUGAUAGAGAUGAUACGAAACAUUAGAGAGAACGGUGGCUACGACAAAAGCAAAAUGAACCGGAAUAUCCCAGUUGUUGUGCACUGCAACAAUGGAUCGUCGCGUACUGGAAUCUUCUGUGCCUUAUGGAAUCUCAUGGACAGUGCAUCCACAGAAAAGUUGGUGGAUGUCUUCCAGGAGGUCAAAAAUUUACGCAGGGAGAGGCAGGGAAUGAUUGAAACAAUUGAGCAGUAUCAGUUCCUCUAUACAGCUCUAGAGGGAGCCUUCCCUGUGCAGAACGGCGGCAUGAAGACACCGGCUGCAAACGACGGAGUUCAAAUCAUCAACGAAACCACAGCACUUCUUUCAGAGCCGGCCAGCAGUACCUGUGUUGACCAGAAGGAGGAAGAAACCAGCCAAGACAAAGAGAGUAGUGCGCAGGAAGACACUGCUGCUGUUACAGAAAAUACCACUGCUUCAACUUCGCCAGCAGAUGAAGCCAGUGAGAAUAGCAACGUGUCUGAAAAAGCCUCAACGGAGGGCGCCAAAAAUGGACCCUCUGUGACUGUAGAUGUUUGAGCAUUGUGACGUGUUAUAAUGGGCGUUUUGAGAGGGCACACCACAUGUGUAUUUUGUGUUAGUCAAGUGGUGUAGUUUUCAUUAAGUGUGCUAGGCCAUCCCAGUUUGAAUCCCGACCUAAGACAUAAAAAUGUUCUCUUGUAAAAAACCAAGCAAAAGUACAACUUAAAUUGACAGACAGUUCUUUGUAUGAAAAAGUACAGCUGUGAAAUUUCAAUAAUAAUAUCAAAAGUCAUAGGAGUUUGGAGUAACAUGAUGUCUGGUCGAUAAUGACAGACUUUUCAAUUAAAAAAGAUUACAAAAAUUUGCUGAUUUGACAAAACGUGUCGUAAAUUACGAUAUGAGAUACCAACUUGUCAAUGAAAUAUCAAGAUUAUCCAGAAAAGCACAUUUGAGUUCUUGUUUUACAUUCGAACUUAACUGUAUAUUUACCGUACGUUAGGCCAGUUUGUUUUUGAGGGAGUUCAGGUAGGAUCAGUCAGUUGUGCUGAUUCAGUCUCAGGUUUUAGAUUUGAAUUUCUGUAUAAAGAUGCUGUUUGUGUGAAAUCCAUCCAUAUUGAUUUAUUUUAAUUUUUAUUAUUAUUCAUUUCACAUGUGUAAAGGAUUUACUGUACUUUAGGACUUGAUUUUUUUAGGCAAUCAAAUUGCAUUUCUUGAAUGUAUUGUAAAAUAAGACCUUACAAAAAAAAAAUCUGUAUUUUUGUUUUAAACCUGUAUCGAAGCGCAAUCUUGUUUGUUGUUGAAUCUAAAUUAUAGUGUUUAAAAUGCUGGAUGAAAAUGUUUGAUGGGAGUGAGUGCUUAUGUCAUUAAGAAAAAAACAAUAAAUAAGGGCAAAGAUAACUUUGCACUACAUUGCUGUCUUCAAACUAUCUUUCAUUUUACUAUUUUUUGUGAAAUUUCAAAGCAGAGUACAUGUUUUCCCUUUUAAGCAGAUGUUCAAUGUAAACAAAAAUAAUAAAGGAUAU